AUGGUCUAUGAAAGUAUUCCUCGAACAGUUCGCAUCAUACUGCUUGGAGAACCCGGUGUUGGAAAAACCUCUCUUAUCCUAUCAUUGGUCACUGAAGAAUUCGCAGAACAUGUUCCACCUAAAGCAGAAGAGAUUACAAUACCUGCGGAUGUUACACCGGAGCAGGUACCGACCAACAUAGUAGAUGUGUGCUUGAAUGAACAAACAAUUGAACAGGUUGCGGAAGAAAUUGAGAAAGCUCACGUAAUAUGUAUAGUAUUUUCAGUAGACAAACAAGAAACAUUAAAUAAGAUAGCUUCUUAUUGGUUACCAUUUGUGAGAGAUAGCUGUUCUGAUGAUUAUAGGAAGCCUGUAAUUCUGGUUGGAAAUAAAAUAGAUUUAAUUGACUACUCUGUUAUUGAUAAUAUAUGGGACAUAGCAGAAGAAUAUCCCGAAGUAGAUCGAUGUAUAGAAUGUUCUGCAAAAACUCUCACAAAUGUCUCGGAAAUGUUUUACAAUGCCCAAAAAGCAGUAUUACAUCCCAUUCAUCCCAUUUACUGCAUUGAGGAACAAGAGCUGACAGAAAGGUGUAAAAAGGCACUGGCAAGAAUAUUUAAGAUUUGUGACAUGGAUGGUGAUGGAGUGUUGGAUGAUUUUGAAAUAACAAUAUUUCAGAAGAAAUGUUUUGAAGCCCCCUUGCAAUUGCAGGUUUUAGAUGAAGUAAAAUCAGUAAUUGCACAGAAUGUAGCAGCUGGUAUUGAGAAUGAUUGUAUAACCAUGAGGGGUUUUAUAUUCUUGCAUUGCCUUUUUAUACAAAGAGGAAGGAAUGAGACAACAUGGACAGUUUUAAGAAAGUUUGGAUAUGAUGAGACCUUGGAACUGACACACAGUUACUUAUAUCCAAGGUAA